AGGAGCUUAAACAGAAGCAAAAAAAAGCUAUAUAUCUACAAGGUUCAGGGAAGAAAGUUGGCCGGAAAAUGGCGAGCAUGAUGUGCGGACAGCGAGAUUUGAACCUGAAAGCCACAGAGCUGUGCCUGGGACUGCCAGGAGGUGGUGGUGGGGGUAGUGGUGGUGGAAAUGAAGUGAUGGAGACCCCCAAGGCUACCGGAAAGAGAGGGUUCUCUGAGACUGUUGACUUGAAGCUGAAUCUUCAUCCCAAGGAAGCCGUCAUGGAUCUGAACGAGAACAAGAACUCUGCUUGCAAGGAGAAGAAUCUCCUCCCAGCUGCCUGCACCAAAGAUCCUGCGAAACCACCUGCCAAGGCUCAGGUGGUGGGUUGGCCACCAGUUCGAUCUUAUAGGAAGAACUUGAUGGCUCAGAAGAACAGCAAAGAGGAGAGCGAGAAGGCGAGCAGUGGCGCUGCAGCAUUUGUGAAGGUUAGCAUGGAUGGUGCACCUUAUCUUCGGAAGGUGGAUUUGAAGAUGUACAAGAGCUACCAAGAGCUGUCUGAUGCCUUGGCCAAGAUGUUCAGCUCCUUCACUAUGGGCAAUUAUGGGGCUCAAGGAAUGAUAGACUUUAUGAAUGAGAGCAAAUUGAUGGAUCUUCUCAACAGUUCUGAGUAUGUCCCAACCUAUGAAGACAAGGAUGGUGACUGGAUGCUCGUGGGUGAUGUUCCAUGGGAGAUGUUUGUUGAUUCAUGCAAGCGUCUUCGCAUAAUGAAAGGAUCUGAAGCAAUUGGACUUGCCCCAAGAGCCAUGGAGAAAUGCAAGAGCAGAACCUAAAAAAUCUCAGCUUGGUCUUGGUGCUGCUCCUUUUCUGUGUCUUACUGGACAAAGGCAUGAACAGAAGCAUAGAUUCAAGCAAAGGGAACUGUUGAUCUUUUGGAUGUGUCUGUAUUUUUUUAUUUUGUUUUGCUUUUGUUUGAUGGUAUAUAGAUAUUAAGAGAGAGAAAAAAAAAAGGAAAAAAAAGAAGAGAGAUCUGUGGACAUUUGUAAAAGACAAGAAGCAAUAAACUUAACACUAUUGUCUGGGUUGUUUAUUGCUUAUAAUGAACUCGUUUGUUUGAUCAUAAUCUUCAUAUUGGCUGUCAUAGUUGUUUGUUUUGUGUUUUAAUCUCUUUAAUACUAAAUUUAUUUUCAAUUC